CUCCCUCUCUCUCUCUCUCUCUCUCUCUCUGUCUGUGAAAGUGUCUCUCACUCUCUAAGAACAAGCCCAGGCUCCUCCUCUUUAUGAUAAUGUGACAGUAGCAUCUCCUCCAGCUCGGAGACAAUCCUCCUCUCAUUCUGAAUCAACUAUGUGAUGAUCUGUUUUCCCACGCACGGAUCUUGACUCCUUCUCUUCUUCUUCUUCUUCUUCUUUUAUCAUCCCCCUCUCCUCUUUGGCAUAAUCCAUGCGCACUUCCCUCUCGCUCCGCAGCCGAUUGACUGUAUUUCUUUACUAGUUUUACGUUAAAGUUUACUUUUUUUCCUUGUCAGAAAAGUGUAAAUUGUCGGACAUGACUACUAUGGCAACUGCGGCUGCUCAGACUCUGCUCCCGGCCGCUUCGCUCGCGCACCACGCGGCGCCGAGUUCCGUGUCUCCGGCCAACACCUCCCCGCCACCUGCGGCCACCUCCGCCGCCUCGUCCCCGGCUCCUCCGGUGGCUCACCCGGCGCUGCUGCACCAGUUCCGCGCGGAACUCUUACUCCCGAACGGCGCGCCGUUAAAGAGCGGAGGAGCCCCCUUGUUGUCCGGCAGUGCCAAGCCCGUGUACGCCACGCCGUCGCCCGUGGAGAGCACGCCGCAGAACAACGAGUGUAAGCUGGUGGAGGUGAAAGGUGCCAAGCUGGCCUCGUUCACGGUGAGAGACACGGAGCUCAUCUGCCUGCCGCAAGCGUUCGACGUGUUCCUCAAGCACCUGGUCGGGGGGCUCCACACCGUCUACACCAAGCUCAAACGGCUGGACAUUACGCCGGUGGUGUGCAACGUAGAGCAGGUGCGGGUGCUGCGGGGGCUCGGUGCCAUCCAGCCCGGGGUGAACCGGUGCAAACUCAUCUCCAGACAGGACUUCGAGACGCUCUACAGCGACUGUACCAACGCAAGCUCGAGGCCUGGACGACCGCCCAAGAGGCUGCAAAGUGUGACAGAGGGCGGGAGCCACCACAUGCUGUCCCACGGUGGGCUGAUGCACGCUGGGAUCAUACCUCCUGCAGGUGACCACCCAGGUCUCACCAUAUACAGUACAUAUGUAUACCCAUAUCUGUCUGCGCUGGCCAAGAAGAUCAAGCUGGAAGCGAUGGCCAGUUACCACAGUAACCAGCAACAUGGCGGGCCAAACGGGGAGAACGGUGACCACAACCAUGGACUGGUUCUGGAUCAGCUGCCCUUCAUGAUGAUGUCACAUCCUCUGAUCCCUGCCAGCCUGGCGCCAGCCUCCGUUUCCAUGGCAAUGGGCCAGAUGAACCGAUUGAGUACAUUGGCCAGCAUGGCCAACGUGGCGCAGCUUCAUGCCAACCCUCCUGCCAGGGCUCCCACCUCCGUCAUUAAGGAGAGAGUGCGUGACAGCCCGUCACCGUCUCCCUCGCUGGAGGAAGCCCAGAUGUCGUCCAAUCACAGCAGUAGCGUGUCGAGUUCGCCGUCUCAUACCGAACGCAUCGCAGAAGCCACAUACUCCCUCGACGGCCUGUCGUCCAGUCACAGUGUGUUGGGACAUUCCCCUGCUCUGGUGCAGGGGUCCAGAGAUCCAGAUGUGACUCCAGUGGAAUACAGCAAGGAGAGCAAGAGGAGCCACAGUGACAGAGAUAACAGCUCCUUGGCGACAAGGGAGAGCUGUGAUAGACAAGUCUACCAGAAGCCCCCGUCAGGCAGAGAAGGCUGUGAGAGGGGAGCCUACACUGCGGGACAGAAGCUCUCAGCAGGUCUCCACCACACUCCCUUCAUCUUCCCCGAAGGCUUGUCCUCCAUAGAGACCCUGCUCACGAACAUCCAGCAGGGUCUUCUGAGGGUUGCCAUCGAAAACGCCCGGGCGCAGGAGAAGCAGGACCAGCUGGAGAGAACGGAGCUGAAGCUGGAGCUGGUCAGAGAGCGGGAGCUCAGAGAGACGUUGGAGCGGCAGCUGAGCAUCGAGCAGAAAAACAGAGUUUUGAUCCAGAAGCGCUUGAAGAAGGAGAAGAGGAAUAAAAGGAGGCUACAGGAGGCUUUGGAGGAGGAGGUGAAACUCCGCGAUCAGGCAGAACACACCCUCCUGCACACCGUCAGCACACACACAGGCCAUCAAUCAUCGGCGGCGGCGGCAGCAGCUCCUCACACAGAAUCUGUGACCCAGGACGUGGACGGGAGUAACCACGACGACAACAGGCAGGACACCAAGGCGUCAGUACAAGAGGGCAGAGUGUUCCUGCAGACCGCUGGGAUGUACUGAAGUAAGGAGGGAUGGAUGGAUGGAUGAAUGAAUGGAUGAAUGGAUGAUGAAGAUUCCUCACAAUGGACAGGCAUGCCUCACGCGCAGUGGCAUCUGAGACAUCAUGAACUCCUCCAUUGUUCUCUGGUUUAAUUUAUUGCAGUUAUCACCGACACUUGGCCAUAAUAGUGGGAACAGUCCUUUAUUUCACAUCAUUACGUGUUUUAAACUGUGUUUCUUUCAAUCGAGGUUUUACCAUGAAAGAUGAAAGAUGAAAACGACCAUAGUUCUUUCUUUUUUGUUUUCGUCUUUGCUGUUAAUCUGACUUGUAACAGAGUUGUGUACAUAUAUAUAGUCAUCCUUUUUUUGUUAUUAUUAUUAUUAUUAUCAAAACAAAACAGGAAAAGAAAAAAAAAAAGAACGGCAUGUUGUACAGUCAGUCGAUGACUUGUAUUGUGUAUGUUAUGCAGUAGUGC